CGUCACGUGGCCGCGCCCGUCCCCCUUUCCCACCGCCCCACGUGCGCGGAGGGGAGCCGCCCCGGGGCGUAGCUAGCGACGGAGGCGGGCGCGCGGCAUGGCGGAGACCGGCGCCUGGCUGCUGGUGCUCAGCUCCGUCUUCCUCUGCAACGCGCUCAAGAUCCUCUUACCCUCCUGCUCCUCCGUCAUAUCCAGAUUGUUACAAAAGGAUGCAGAGCAGGAAUCCCAAAUGAGAGCUGAAAUUCAGAACAUGAAGCAAGAACUCUCAACCAUUAGUAUGAUGGAUGAGUUCGCUAGAUACGCCCGUCUGGAAAGAAAGAUUAACAAAAUGACCGACAAGCUUAAAACUCAUGUGAAAGCACGAACUGCCCAAUUAGCCAAAAUAAAGUGGGUUAUAAAUAUCGUGUUCUACAUCUUACAAGCCACCUUGAUGAUCUCUCUCAUUUGGAGGUACUAUUCCGAGCCAGUUACAGUGCUUCCAAGCAAAUGGCUUGCUCCGCUGGAGCGCUUGGUGGCCUUUCCUACGGGGGUGGCAGGUGGUGUUGGAAUUACAUGUUGGCUCGUGGUUUGUAAUAAAGUUGUAGCUAUCAUGCUACACCCUUUCAGCUGAAGGAAUCCCAGUAAUCCAUGGAGUCCUCAACGACAUUUUCAUUAUCACUGUUUUAAAUGAAUAAUAAAAAAAAAGAAAGGAACAGUUGUCUUUCAUGAGACUAGGCCUAAGAUAAUCUUUGGUACUUCAUUUGGAUAUCAGCCAGUAUUUGUUUCGAUGUAUUGUAUCUUUCCUUAGUUUGUUUUUCAGUUUAGUAGUCAGUUUUCAAAGAAUAGCGUUGCUCUUUAUAGAACCUCAUUUUGUGUAUAUUUUGACGCUGAUUCAUGGCAGAACCAUAAGACUUUGUCAUGGCCUGUGUUCAGCAAAAUCUGAAAGUGUGGGAUUUGUAUUUUUAAGUUGGAAAUGCAUUGGCAUUAGGAAUUAAUUUGGGAGCUUUGCUGUUUCUUUGCUGAAUAAUAUGGCAGUUUCAACCAAAGGUGGAAUUAUAUGUGGUGACAAGUGGUACUAGAGGAUAGAGGAUAGAGGUAGGUGGUUUGGUUGGCUAAAGAUAAAACAGAAGUAGUUCCCUCCUUGUUAUUUUUUAUACUAGAAUUGCUGUGUUCUUGGGCUGUCUUGAAAACGUGUUUUGAUGUAUACACAGAAUCAACCCUUAAGAGACUCACUCAGUUGCCAAAUACAGGAUGGCUGGCUCCUUUUUCCUCCCUGACUUUUAAAAGUCAUUGAACACUUGAAUUUUUUCGCACUUUUAUUGAUAGCUGACCUUUCCUUCCUUUCCAUUAUUUCUGCUUCCCAAACUGAGAGAGGAUCACUGAAACGUAUUUCCUUCCAUGUUUUAGGAGGAAAGGUUUGCCAAACUUCUUGACCUCCAUGUUAAGCAGGAGAAAGUAGAAGACAGUGCGGCUCCUUCAGAGGACUACAUUUCAAAGGGCUGUAGCAUAUAUUAAUGACAGUCCAGGAUAGCCCAAAACAGCUAAGUAAAUGUAAAACGGCAAACUAGUGAUUUAAAUGUCUAAAGUAGUAACAGAAUGGUAGCAAGCAGGAGGAGGAGGGAAGAGGAUUUUCUAUUGGGAGUAAAUCCUUCUUACUGUAUUUAAGUACAGGAAACAGCCACAAUAUUUUGAAUUUAAAGGUGGACAGAAUUCUUCCUAGUACUGUGCCUGUAGAACAGCGACAAAGUUGCGUUACCUUCCAUGCUACAGUGGUAUCUGCAACCCUGUCGUUGCUGCCCCAUGAGACAAAGGGGUGGUUUAUAAAGUGCUUGUUCCACACCUUUUUUUUUUUAUUUUUGAUGUGAGCCUGAACAAACCUUUCCUUCCUUCCAAAGGGACCUUUCCCUCUUCACCUGGGCUUUGGCAAUUCUGGUUCAGCUUCCCACUCUGUGGUAGAAUGCAUCUGUCCUGUUAUUUCAGGUCCUUUGUCUUCCUGCAGGAAAGGGCUAGGGCCCCUCCAUAAUUCUCCACUCAAAAUGUCAUGAUACAUCGCGCGUGUGUGUAUGUAUAUAUGCAUGAAAUGUUGUUUGUGUUUUUUAAAUGUUAAAAUUUAUUUUUUAAUAAAAUUUAAAUGUUACUUUAAAAAAAAAAACCUUGUUUUUAUAUUAGGGACUACAUUUAGCCAACACAAAAACAGAGGCAUUAAGUAUCAUCAAGAAAAAAAUGUUGUGAUUGAAUGUUAUGUAUAAUUGUGGUUUUAUUAACGAAAUAAAGCUUUUCAACUCA